AUGAUAAAUGAAGAUUCCCCUGUUGUGAUGAGCACCACUGUUCCAUCUCCCAAUGCUGUCCACACUUCCGUCCAGACAUCCUCCAGUGUACUAGCUCCCAGUGCUGUCCACACUUCCGUCCAGACACCCUCCAGUGUACCAGCUCCCAGUGCUGUCCACACUUCCGUCCAGACACCCUCCAGUGUACCAGCUCCCAGUGCUGUCCACACUUCCGUCCAGACACCCUCCAGUGUACCAGCUCCCAGUGCUGUCCACACUUCCGUCCAGACAUCCUCCAGUGUACCAGCUCCCAGUGCUGUCCACACUUCCGUCCAGACAUCCUCCAGUGUACCAGCUCCCAGUGCUGUCCACACUUCCGUCCAGACAUCCUCCAGUGUACCAGCUCCCAGUGCUGUCCACACUUCCGUCCAGACACCCUCCAGUGUACCAGCUCCCAGUGCUGUCCACACUUCCGUCCAGACAUCCUCCAGUGUACCAGCUCCCAGCGCUGUUCACUCUUCCGUCCAGAUAUCCUCCAGUGUACCAGCUUCCAGUGCUGUCCAUACACCAGUCAUGAUGUCUCCGGGUGUGGUCCACUCUCCCAUCAUGAUGUCCUCUGGGAUACCAGGUCCUGAUGCGAUCGACACUCAUGUCUUGAUGCCAUCAAGCAUACCAGCAGCCAUGUCAGCCCAGACAUCGUUUGCAAACUUUACUGACCAAGCAUCACCAAGAAUACACAACUACCCUUAUCAACCAUGUUACUCACAACCAAACUGUGCUGAUCCACAUUAUGAAACCCACAGGCAGAAUUUGAUAAACUCUAAUUCAACCUUGAGUGACACUGUGAAUGUUAAUCCAAUUCCCUAUGACUUCCACCCUGUCAACCCACAAGUGACACCAGCCAUGUCUCAACUAUUCAUUCCAAGGCCAAACCUACCUAACUUCAAUAGUGGAAAGGAAAGGGAUUUUGCCCUACUGAAGAUAGCCCUGGAUAAUCUGGUAAGCGUCCAUCCAGGCUUGACCGAGCAACACAAAUAUCAAAUUCUACUGGACAGGCUUGGAGGUCCCCCUAAGAGACUAGCUUCAGCAUUCAUUCAUGCACGACGAGAGGCCCUUCACAACCUCACUCCAAGCAUUGAAGGAGAGAUAUGGACAGCCACGACAGCUUGUUCAGAGUGA